AUGAAAAAUCUUUUCUUCAUCCAGGCCGCGGCGACUCUGGCUUUCGCAUCAGCAGCCAUCGCCCAAACUCUCGCAGAAGACUUAUCUAGUGCAAUCGCCAACUACUCAUCCCUCUCUCUAUUCCGCUCCCUUCUUACCUUCUCUCCCCAAGCACUCAUCACAUCUCUAGACAACAGAGAUAGUAACAUCACUGUUCUAGUCCCCACCAAUGAAGCCAUCCAGAGUUAUCUCAAAGAAUCCAAAAUUUACGAUGUAACAGAGCUCAACCAAACAGAACUCCAGAUCUUCUUCUCAUACCACAUCCUUGACGCCUCGCUCAUUUCUUCGGACUUUGAAGGCGACCGAGGAUUAUCGAUUCCUACUCUCUUGCAGGGCAUGGUGUUCAAUAACAGGAGCGCUGGUCCUCAAAUCCAGAGUCAGUUUGGGAAGGAGGCUAGUGGGCAGGUGAUUUUUGCGUUGAAACGAGAUGGAAACAAUAAGCGACAGCAGAAAGAGGAUAUGGGUGGACCGAAUGUUAUGCUACGGGCGGGUUUGGCGCAGGAUAUCAAGAUGACUGCUGUCGAUGGCUCUUGGGGAUCCAAGGACGUCAAUUCAUUCCAGGUUGUUGACAAGGUUUUGUCUCCGCCUAGAUCCUGCUCUAACACCGUCCACACAAUCAAAGAUCCAAGACUCGAUGCCCUAGAUGCCGCGUUGAUCAAAGCGCAACUUUGGUCUGCUCUUGAUCACUCCAAGAACGUUACUUGUCUUGCACCGUCAACUGAAGCUUUCAAGAACGCAGGGAAUCCGGAUGUUAAACUUUCAAAGCAGGACCUGGGAGGCGCACUUCUAGCUCAUACCCUCGAUGAAGCCACCUACUCCAACUAUCUUCGUGACGGCCAAGUCAUCGGAACUUUAAAUAAUACCAAAGUCCGUGUCAGUAUCCGUGGUGAAGACAUCUUCUUUAACAAUGCCAAAGUCAUUGAGGCGAAUGUUCUUACCAACAACGGUCUCAUCCACAUUCUUGAUUCUGUCAUUGAAGACGGCGGAGAGCCUGAUAGCACUGGCACUAGCACUACGGCGAGCGAAACUGCGAGUGCAACGGGAGAGACGACUUCGGCAACGGGUAGUGGGACACCUGAACAGGCGAACUCUGCCAGCCAGUCACAUGUUGGCCUGAUUCUCAACACCCACUCAAUCGUAGUAGACAACCACAAACCAAGAGAUGCUACCACAGAGUCUUUUUACUUGAGCCACGUCGACCACCUCUACGUAGAAAGCGUUAUGGGUGAUUCAGAGGAAGAACGGGAACGGAAGAGGGACAAGAUGGGAGACUUCAUGAAAAAGAGCUUGAAUAAAGGCGAAUUAGCUCUCAAGCACGCUGUGGGUCUUGGUGGUCAGCCCAACAUUGUCCCUGUCACGGAACCUAUCGUCAAUGGACCGCCGAGACCGGUUGAAGUUGGAUGGCAUCCUGUUGGUGGUUUCGCAGGGAAGUGGUUUGCGGAGGAGACUGGUUUGGGGAAAAUGAUCACUGAGAAGAUUAAUAAGUAUCCGGAUCCUACGCAACAUUGGGCUGUGCUGGUUGGUGACUAUGCUCAUCAGCUGUGGAUGGAUGAGAAUUUCGAUGUGAUUUAUACGAAUGCAAAGGUUGAUCCAGAUGAGUGGCGCACCUUUGAAGUCGGCCAGACGCGAUUCAACGACGAUGCAUUGAGAAGAGCCGGCGAAUCCGUCAUCCAAAGCAUCAGAGAAAGACAACCAACAUACAACCUCAUCACAAACAACUGCCAAACAUACGUCCUCCAACUCCUGGACGCCAUUAAGGUUGGCGGCCACAAAGACUUUGGUACAACAGCGGCUGUCUACGAAAGAAUUUUCGGCCCAGGAAAGAUCAUGGACUUAUUCGAGGGUGACGAGCAAGCUCAACAACAGGAGCAGCAAGAAAUUGAUGCAGGAGGACAGGAGAAGCCGAAUACGGUCAAUUUCGCGCAGAAUGUCAUGGACCAGAAUACGACUCAGCUUGAUACGGAGAGGGAGAUGGAGAGGCAUGAGGAUGAGAAGAAGAAGGGAGGUUUCUUUUCUAAUUUGAAAUCGAAGUCGAAAUCGUGGUCUUUCUCCAAAAAGGACAAGGAUAAGGACUGA